CCCAGAGGAAGAAGCGUUGCUGUUAUCUGCAGAAGCACCAAUUUUUAAAAACGGUUGUACCAUUUAUUUUAUAGCUGGUUGGUUCUCGCAAAGCAGCUUUUAUUGCUUGCCAUGGCUCUGUGUGAGGGUAUCGGAGCCAUGGCUUUGCCCAGCGAGCUUAUCGUUCAUAUAUUCUCCUUUCUGUCCGACCGAGACAAGCUCCGGGCCUCGUCCGUGUGCUCACGCUGGAGGGAGUGUCUCUUCUACCCCGCGCUGUGGACUGAGCUCAAGCUGCGGGUAGGUGGUGGAUGUAACGGUGGCGGAUCCACCUCAGAGGAGACCCCGAAGCUGGAGUUCCUCAUGCGUAAGUUCGGUUCAUUCGUGCGGGAGCUGCAACUGGAGCUUGCCCCGGUGGAGGGUUACCUUAGUCCCCUGAGCAACGACCCGUCCCCCCCCAGGAUGGACCAGCCAGACGGCGACCCGCAGCUCUCCGAGCGAUGGAGGGACGCCAUGGCCACCUACUUGGAUCAGGUGUUAUGUGUGUUCUCCAGCACCCGUAACAACAGAAACCUGCGGAAGCUGAGUCUUUAUGGAGACACCUGCGUUCUCCAGCAAGAGGGACUAUUGGACAGCUCCAACCUGCACCAAAUUCACCAGGGGGAUAAAAAGAUCAAUGAAAUCCAGCAGUUGUUCAUGGAGCUGCUGUCUAACAGCAGGCAGCUGAGGUGGUUGUCCUGUAGCUUCAUGCUGGGUCUGGUGACUCCCUGUUCCUUCGCCUGUCUGUCAAACCCCUCAGCUGAGACCCUGCGACACCUCAGCCUACUGGACCACCAGCUGGGUCCCCUCAUCUCACCCUCAGAGUUGAGUCGUCUGUCUAAUCUUCGUUCUCUGGCUCUGGAUUUCUCCGAUUUGACGUCCGAACUCUGCGCUCUGCUAGCAUCUCCGCGCCGAAUUCCACUGCACCGCCUGUCCCUGCUGCUCAACGGCGCCGCCCUGGAGUUCAAACCGCUGGAAGGGACCGCUACCGAGGAAGAUUGGAAAUCCCUGAUUCGUUCGAGCACCAACUUGCGAGUGUACCUCAUGGCCCUGGAGGUCGACAGCUCCGAGCUCCUCCGAGUCCUGAAGCCCAGCCUCCCUCUCGAGCGCCUCCACCUGGACAGUUACAGCACACUGGUGACCGACGGCACCUUGGAGCUCAUCACUCAGCAGUACAAAAAAACACUGACUCACUUCCUGCUCCUGAGGGACGACCCCGACUUCCCCGACCUCAGCAUCAAUCGGAACGAAGACCCCUUGGUCCUGUUGGCAUGGAGAUGUACUCAGCUGGCUGUACUGGUGAUACAUGGUUACACUAUUUGGUCCCAUAACCUGGUGGCCAUCUCUCGGCUGCGGGGCUCCAGCCUUCGCGUCCUGACCGUCUCCGAGGAGAGCAUCGACUUCGACCCGGACCAGUCCGUGUGCAUGGAGGGCGAUCCGGUCCACAACCUGGUGAAGGAGGUCUCUCUGGGCCUCGGCCGCGGGUGGCACCCCUCCAGCCUGGUUUUGUCCGAACCCACCCAGCACUUCCACCGCGAGCUGCUCGCCUUCAGCAUGGGCAUGUAGGCAGGGCCAACACAUCACAGCCUAUACCGUGUCAAGACCAGGCCAGACCAAACACACCUCUGAAUCGGUCCCCAAAGCAGGGAGAAAUGUAAACUGGAUCUUAAAACAAUCCGUGAAUUACAUUUAAAGGAUUGUUUUUAUUAUAGUUUUAUUCUUUGUGUUUCUUUUCACAGGGUUUUUAGCACACCAUCAAGUCCUACCAUUUUCAAAACUAUUCCCUUUUAAGGUGCUUUGUCUCUUUGAUUAUUUAGUCAGCCAGUGACUUGGGGAAAACAGAUCAUCAAUCUUUGAUGUUUUAAAUAUUCAACAAUAUCCCUUUAAAAGUGGUUAUUCUAAUAAAACGUGAUAUUUAUUUAGUUUAAAGGCAAACCAAUCUCUGGCCCUGGACCAUAUACAAGACUUGAAUCAUAAACCCUUUUUGUCUGCAAAAAUGGGUUACUGCAGCUCCAAAUGCUCAAUCUGGUCUGGUCUUGAUAGACAAGUAUUCAUAGCUCAAUGUUUCUAUUUCACCUUAAAAACCUCCAGAGCCUCUCUGUAUGAUGUUUUUAUUUUCUUUAUUUUUUUUGUUGACUGUUUCUCAUCGCUCCCCGCUCUGUGUAUAAUCUUGUUUUUCCUGUGUGGUGGUUCCCUUGCCUGUAUAGGCUUUGUGUGUAUUUAAAUACAGAUAUAUUAUUAUUAUUAUCCUGCUCACAGCUAGGACAGGACAGGCAGGUUGAGUGAUGGGCCGGUGGGAUUUAUUGGGGGAGUGUUUUGGGUGUGAACGUGUUUUCUUUUUUUCCGUCUUUCAUUUAAAACCCUUUACUAGAGUGGAGCAGACUGACAUACCAAUGCAGAGCAAAGGUUAGAGUUUGUAAGCUAACCACUCAAUCACUUCCUUGAUAACGCAUCCGUAGCUGCUUCUUCUGUUGCUCACAAAGAGCACCUAGUUCACUUGUCGAGCUAGAUUGAGCCUUCGCAGCAAGGUAGGAAUAUCCACUGCGAUACUAUGACCCUGAUAUAUGUAAAUGGUUUUAUCAAGGAUUUAGAGCCCCUUACCAAUGGUGUAUUAGAGAAUAUUGUUACAUACUUUUAGCCAACACACUCCCCACUUGCCGACUUUUUGAGAAACCUUGCUAGUGAAUCAAAUGGAGAGCCUCUUCUUCCGACAGACAUUCAGAGUGCAACUAUAAAAUCCACCCACAUCAAAACAAAGUCCCCCACUUUGUUGGAUCUGUAGUAAGCUAGUGCAAUCUUUCAUCUUCUUCUACCUUUGGUCGCUUUAGGUCAAGACUUACUGACGGGUAUCACUGGUUACAGAAUAUUCAAAUGUGAAAUACCAGUUUAAAUAGAAGAAAGGAAGUGUGCAUCACAACAUGAAGGACUCUGAGAUUAGACAACCUGCAUAAUCCGGAAGAGAAAGUAGGUCUUCAUUUCAUUAUGCCAUGAAUAAAUAUAUAUUUUAAAAUCUUAGACUCCUUCCAAAGUCUAAAACCAGUACUCUGAAGGCACGACUUCCCUGAGUACCAAACGGAGGCUUUGCAAGUAUGCUACGAGUCUUUUGGCAGAAACUAGCAGUAGGUUUUUCUUCUUCUGGUGUAAAACAUUUCAUGAAUAAGAACAGGGAAAAGUUAAGGAGGCACUGAAUGUAACUUAACUCUGUUAGCCAGUCUGCCCUUUUAUUUCAAGGCCUACUGUAAAGCUAUACUUUCUUCAGAAAUGUGCUUUAUCUUGCCACAAUAGUCAUUGCUGCUGAAUAACGCAUUUGGAAAUCGUACGAUCCAAUGGCAGCCAGCAUUUCGAUAUCUUAGGUUCCAAUGGCAGCCAGCAUUUCGAUAUCUUAGGUUCCAAUGGCAGCCAGCAUUUGGAUAUUGUAUGAGUCAUGGCAGCCAGCGUUGGGAUAUCCCAGGUUCCAAAGGCAGCCAUUAUUUGGAUAUUUUAGGUUCCAAUGGUUUCCAGCAUUUCAAUAUCCUAGGUUCCAAAGGCAGCCAUUAUUUGGAUAUUUUAGGUUCCAAUGGUUUCCAGCAUUUCAAUAUCCUAGGUUCCAAAGGCAGCCAAAAUGUGGAUAUUUUAGGUUCCAAUGGUUUCCAGCAUUUCAAUAUCCUAGGUUCCAAUGGCAGCCAGCAUUUGGAUACCGUGGGUUCCAAUGGCAGUGGCGGAAUAUUUUUUCCGCGGCACCUACAGCACAACAAGGUUUUGGUUUAUGCCGUAUUUCUGUGGUGAAACAUAUUUUGUCAGUCUCAGGUAGGCUUUUAACAUCACUAUGACCAGGACCGCUGCAGUGAUGAGUAGGGUGUGUGUGAAACAAUCAUUAAGCGUUAGAUACUGUCGUUAUUUUUAUUUGAAUCUCCUUUUCGAUUCACAGUUGCCUUGGAAACAGCCCCCUUGUUUUCUGGAUACAGAUGUUGUUGUUAUUGAUGAUGUUGUUUAUCUUGCCAUCUUUUAAUCCCUCGCCCCACCUCGGUUGGCAGGGAUCAGCGAACCUUAUCAUACAUUUGUUUUCAAAGAUUAAGGUUGACUAAAGAAUGGCAGUCUGCUCAUUGCACAUGUUUUAUGAUAACUCCAGGAGAUGUUGUGGGGGAAAGGGAGUGACCUGCUGGGCCCGAAUAAUGUCUGAAACUGAAUGUAGUCCGUUUUCCGGGGUGAAAUACCUUUGGCCUGGCACAAGGGAUAUUGGGCAUGAGUCGCUUGAAUCGUCGGAUUCUAUCUUUUGGGAAGAGUGAGAUGCCUCUGUUCUAACAAACAAAAUAAAUGUUAUUCAGGCUCUUGAAGUUCAACCAUGCCAUGGUCAGCCCUUAAGCCGGGCUCUACCAACCACAUAUCUUCCUUAUUGUACAACCAGUGGAUAACUCUGUUCCAUCUGGAUAUAAUUGCUGUUGUACUUAAAUCUUAAUAGGGUAUUUCUUGAACUUGAGUUCGGAUCUCAGCAUGUAAAGAGUUGGGUCGGGCAGUAGAGCGCCUAACUUUCACAAGUAAGUGCCGUCAACUAGCCAUCGCUUGAAAAGUUAGCCUCCCAGAAUGGCGUCAGCUAGCUUGUUUUGCACACCACAGCACUUUAGAAGUCGGGGCAAUGGCAUCAGAGACUGUGAAGGUCCAUAUCCAGGUCUGUAGUUUACAAGGUUGAAGUGCGUUUCUUUUCAUAGACUGAUAUGGAUCCUGAGUUAUACAGUGUGCCAGCACUUUGCUUGGUUCGGAAUGAAUUGGAUUGCAGUGGUGGUUGGGCUGUGUUUACCAAAUGUUAGGUCAUCUGUUAUCAAUGGUUCUACGGUGAUAAUCUCUCCUUGGUCCAUAUCUCAGGACAAAUGCACUCUGGUACCAAGAGUUUCUUUUAAAGGCUGUAUAUAGAGCACUCAGAGGGGAGAGCAAUGCCAACAUAACACUUUCAGACUGAACAUGUUUUCAAAUAUUUUUUCUCUUCCUCCCUUCCUUGGAUGUUUCCUCUCGUGUAGUUUUUUAGAACUCUACAUCGCUCCUUCAUGUGAGAGAUUCAAGCUGUUUGUAUUGUGUAUAGGCAUCACCUGAUAAGAAGGGAAACACUGCAACAGUAGAAUGUCAUUUCAAACUAGAAUUGAGCUGGUGAAAUAGAAAUGUACGAAAAAAGAGGAUUUUACAAACACCAGCCUCACCUUCUGUGUGCGCUUCCUCUUAUGGAUCCUUAAGUCUUAAGUCCCCACAUGUUAAAACAAAUGGUCUGUGGUUUCUCUCAGAUUCAACGGAAAAAGAAACAUCUUUAUAGGAAUAAUAUUCCCAAUUGAAAUACAUUUAACUUCUUAACACUUUCGAGAGAAAAAGUAUUUCUAUAAGCAGGCGCCAGUACAUAUUCUCUAUCAAAAGUUAACGUUUUGACAAUUGCAAUGUAGAAAUAUUCCCAAAUCACAGAGUUGCUGAGAUAAACACUAUGUAUGAUGUGUGUGGGAGCAGAAGGGAUCGCAAAACAACCUUUCCUACUGUUUUUCUUCACCAAAACCAAAAUUAUGCUGAACAACUUAAUACUGGCAAAAUUGGUCACAGUAUGGGAUAGCAUUUUAAGCUACCAUAUGCAAAAAAAUCCCUGGUCCAUUUUUGUCAUCCCUCACAUAUUAACAUUAAGCAGUGUGUGCCUGAAAGCUUCCAGAGUGCGAGUGCUUUUCAAACCUCUGCUCUCCAAGUUAUCAGCUUUGUGUCGUUUGUAGUCGUUGCUGUGAUUGUUAGCUUAAGGAAACGCAGCAUUAGAAGCUACAAUAGCUAGUGUUUGGAGUGUGCCUGUAUUUCUUGCGCUUUUCAUCUAACUUUCAAGUAGAAAUACGUUUCAGCAUGGAUACCGAGUGUAUGUACAAGGGGAGGGCUUGCUCACGUUCAGGAGUGUAGUCUUAUCACGGCAGGAAACGGCAUCGUUCGUUCUCAGGGUACAAUCGGCUUUCAAUAAGAGUGGGAGGAAGAGGUGGGAAGGUCACGAUAGCUCAGGCCUUUGAUCUCACUUGUAUGGACCGUAGGAGUCUCUGGAUCUGUUCUCAAUACCUUGAUGUGUUUUUAAAGCUGCCAAAGACCAGAGUGGAACAAACAGACACAAGUCUAUCUGAAGUGCCCAAACACACACAGGAGGCUGGUCCAGUAUUCUCCUUCUUUCUCCUCACUCUCAGUGGCUCCUAGUCUACUAACUUAUACCAAUCUGUGGAUAGACUAUACUGUGCUGGACCAGGUCACAACAGUGUGAAAAGAGACCAAAGCGGACCUGGCCAACGUUGUGCUAGUUCAACUUCUAGUGGCCAAUUCCUAUCUUGGGAUUUUGGGUCUACACUGCAUAUAGCAAAGAGAGGCCUUGAAGUCCAGUGCCGUAUGUAAGGCUUAUACUCCUCUCUUUGUUUUCACUGUGAGCGAAUGUAGGAGGACGGGGUCAUCUCUGAACACUUCAGGGACUAAACACUCCCUUCCAUGCUUCCUGGAGCUACUUUCUGACAGAUUUCAUUGUAGCUUCACCAGCUGGGACACAGGCCAGCGUUCUGAUCUGAUGUGUUGCCUGUGUCCAAGGUCAUACUUGAUGGAAAGGUUUUUGGCGCCAGGCUUGCGGAGCUGUAACGUGAUUUGCUGCUAGAAAUCAGCCAGGGAAUGGGACAUUCCAUGCAGGGGUCGCUCAGGCCGUCAGACUUGCAAACAGUGUACGUCUGCGUGAAAACUAAGAAUCUAUAUAAAUAUUAUUUUUUUAUUUUAAUUUAGAGCUCUGUUUUUUUUAAGGGUUACAAGACGCAGAUGGUGUUGACUACACACCAGAUUACCAGCUGGUCUGAGCAGAGUGGAGGACUCUCUAAAGGUUUACCGUGGUUCUAACGCGCUUUCUGCUGAAACCAUUUCUGGGUCUUUUUUGUGUCUGGCACACAAAAAGUUACAAGUGUUAGAAACAUACCAUACGACUGUGCUAAAUACAGUUAAUGGACUCUUCUUCUCUUUAACACAUUAAAUCAACCAUCUAGAGUAAAGUACAUCGCAAUACGGAAAGGGGAAGUGUGAAAACACCUGGUGUCUGGGAAUUAUUUAUACAUCAUGUGCAGACAGAGGUUUGUGUAUGGCCAAACUAUACUGUGUGUACACAGGAAGACUGAUGGAGCCUUACCUUUAACGAGUUCUGCCACAAAAAAGAUGGUUUUACGGCUAGAAAUGAGAUGCCGGUUAUACAGGAGACCAUUACCAGCAGUUACUGUACAUCAAUGCCCGUUCAAGCUGACCCCUUUUGACAUGUUGGUUUUUUCCAUGCCCUUUAAUAUGCAUUCAUAGAGAAAUAUAGCCUGAUGUGAUGGCAGAGCUGUAGGGGAAACAGGGAUCUGGGUACAUCUGUCCUGGAGUUGGGUCGGACACUUACUCACCAAUACAAAUCCUAUCGAAACAAACAAGAGUGUGUUAUUUUAGUACCAAAGCAACAGACUGUGUCAGAUCUGCAUCAGUCUAAACGGGCUCACCGCUCAGACUCAAUGCCAACUUGAGUUUUAUAAUGUCGACUCUCGGGACGUUUGCAGUGUUUUUGACACUUAAAUAGAUGGAAAAGAGCUAGUUUAGAUGGUUCAAGGCCUAAAACAGUGACAGGAUUAGGAGACCGGGCGUCCUCAUCACAAUGUGAGAUUUCAGACGGGUAUUUCUUGUGUUUUUACCUAACACCAUAGACUACUACCAUUACAUGCAAGACUUUGAAUAGGCUCACACAGGGCUGGACUCAGGCAGGAAUGUGAGAAAACAUCCUGAUGCAUGUUUCUGUUACUUGGGAGGAAAAACACUGGAUGUGCAUUGCACUGGUAUAGAAUAACAGAUGUAGGUAUGUAUAAUAUCUCAGCGGAGGGGAGGUUCACACAGAGCAGAAAGGCUUUACUUGCCACAUUUUAUUUCUAGAGAAGAAACAACAAAACGGCACUGAUAGCAUAACCCGGCCAAACUCCUGUCAGUCGCCGCGGCGCACACCCCCGGGGGUCUGUGUAAGCGCCCGGCUGCAUCAAGGAACUGAUAGAUAUUCAUGCUCAGUGUCAGCCAACUAUCUUCGUUUAGAUCUCAGCUACUGUGGCUCCGAUGUUUCUGGCCUCUAAACAAAGUCUUUCUUGUCAAGUCUGGAGAGCCAAACCUCCCAAUUAGCCCGGCAGGCAGGCCAGCCGCACAACUAUGCAAGAGGAAUGCAUAUAAUCCACACGCUUCUCUAUUAUUUUGUUUGUUUUUCUUUCUUUCUCUCACUGUCACGCAGUAGAAAUGAACUAUUAAGAACUUACAAUGACAAUACUUGGCCUUAUGAUGAUUUCUGAAAUCUUAUCAUUUAGUUUUAAGAUCUUUAUUUUUUGUUUUUGAUUCUGGUCAGCCAGCCCAGCGACAGCAGCGGUGACGGCGGGCUCACUCUUGGUCUCUGUGAGACCAGCUAGACGGCCCCAGUUUUAUCGUGGUACGAAUGUUGUGCAUUUGUUUAAAAUCAGGACAGUUUGCAAUAACAGCAGUCUUACUAGUGGCCACAAAGGGGCACGAGCAGUGCUGACAGCGCCCGGCUGCGUCUUUAGAAAACCAUAGAGGAAGAAAUAUAAACUAUAUAAAUAGAUAUAUAUAUUAACUCACACAGUGCAUAUUUGUAUUAGGUAUCAACAAUGCAUUACCGUGGUAUACUUAUGCAACACAUGUCCGGGUUCAAUUUAUGAACAUGAAGUAUAUUAUAAAGAUCACACAGACUUUGUAAAUCAGAAGCUAUGUUAUCGUGUGUUUUAUGCGGGAAAAAUGGUUUUACCAUCCUUAAUGUUGAAUAUUCUGAGCGUUAUGUUCCUGUGUGAUUGUGUUUGUUUGUUAAAGUGAGCACAUAGCAGUACCUUAUUUCUGUAAGUAGGGAACCAGACGUAACCCAAACACAGCUGGACCAGAUUUCAAAUCACACGGAGCACAUUUUAAAUACCUUUUUGUUUCUUAAAUGGCCUAAUCUGAUCUGUAUUAUUAAUGGCAUGGAUUAAGACCAGCCAAGGAAGUUUCCACUCCAAAAAACUGUUUGUCCACAUAAGAGAAUGUUUUAGUUGAGAACUUGGCUUAAUCUAUGCCUGUGAAACCGCUCUUGAUUAAUUAAAUGUAGACUAAUAUAAAACCCGGAUUUGAAACCUUUCCAGCUGUUUUUUUUUUUUUUAAUCUGCAGGGAAAGAGUCCUCUCCAGCUGAGAGGACAGAUUUUAUCUUAGUGAACAGUGUUGAUCCAUGGUUGUGUUUUUGAGAAAAGGGAGGGGACGUUACAAACCUCCAUGUAAAACCUCUUUACAAGGUGUACACUUGAGGGGUCAACCUGCCGAAUGUUGAUUUGAAUUAAUGUUGAAUGAAUGCUUCUCUUCUUUUAGUCAAUUAAUAAAAGCAUUACAAAGUUA